GCAACCAACCAAGAUUUUUACUUCUCUUGGAAGCUAGGAAACAUACACCGAGCAGACAGAAAAGUGCACUAGGGAUGGACACAUCAGAGGAUACAACAUCGACCAUCAACUACGACUACAUGAUUUCGGAUCAAUGCGACCCCACUGACAUAAAUGACUUCUCCAGUCAGGUUCUUCCACCACUGUACUACAUUAUCUUUUUUGUUAGCGUUGUCGGAAAUGGAGUCGUUUUAUUCAUCAUGUACAAGUUUGAAAAGCUCAGCACUGUCACAAAUAUCUUCCUCAUCAACCUAGUGGUAUCCAACGUUGUUUUUACCUUCACGCUCCCGUUUCAAGCCGUUUAUCAUUCCGAUGAAUGGAUCUUCGGUGAGGCGCUUUGCAAGUUGGUUAACGGCGCUUACUAUCUUGGUUUCUACAGCUCCAUCCUCUUCCUCACGCUCAUGACGUUUGACCGCUACCUUGCUGUGGUCCACUGUGUGGUUUCCAGCAAACGACGCAGGGGGUGCUACGCUGUAUUAUUGUCUGCAAUCGUGUGGUCCAUCAGCCUUGUUGCCAGCCUUGAACCCUUGUUUCAUUUCACAGUGAAAGAGUCUCAAAUGUCCGGACUGUCUUGCCAAGACUCAGGCGAAGGUGAAUGGAGGGUCUUUGGGCUUUAUAAACAAUUUGUCUUCUUUUUCAUCUUCCCAUUGGCUGUGUUUGUGUACUGCUACGCUAGGAUUAUAGUAAGAGUCAUCUCCACUGGAAUAAUAGGGAAACACAGAACAGUCAGGCUUGUUUUCGUUAUUGUCCUGAUGUUUUUCGUCUGUUGGAGCCCACAUAACAUCAUACUGUUGAUAAAUGAGAACAAAGAUAAAAAUGUGUGUGACAACAGCCUCGAUUACGCUUUGCGCAUUACUAGCAACAUUGCCCGCUUAUAUUUCUGCAUUAAUCCAAUUUUCCUUACCUUUCUUGGAAAAAAGUUUCAGAACCACGUGCGAAGACUUUUGGGGAAAAAAGUGUCAUGUAUAAAACAAUAUAACUCUCAUAGUGGAAGCAGCAGAUCAUUAGCUUGAAGAUGAUUGGUCGGUAUCAAUAAAUGUACAUAGUGACUUGAAACAAACGUACAACACAUAAAAAUGACAAAUUGCUAAAUGUAGUGGAAAUCAUGUGAAUAUUGUAAAUUGUUGUAAUUUAAUUAUCUAGGUUAAUGUAUAUUAAAAACCAUGAUGAUUUCAUUCA